UUAUAUUUACAUUUACCACAAUAUUGGCAAUCAAACAUACAGCUAACCUUAUGGUUAGAGGAGCCUAUUUCAAUUACUCAUCUUUCUAUUUCAGUGUAUAAGUUUGCCAACUUUAACAGCAACAACCAAACUUAAUUUUGAUUAUUCCUACAUGUAUGAAUUAGACGCGAUAAAAAUAGAAAAAGCAGAAACAGUAUCAAAUAAAUUUGUAAGUGAUAUUGAAAUAAUUGUUGAAUGUAAAGCAGAAAUUGAUAAAUUAGAGAAUUACAACAACACUGGUAAUGCUCUGGAGGAUGGCCAACAUUCAAAUAUAGAAAAUGACAAUUUCAAUGAUUGGAUUGAUACUGAAUUAGUAAAUUAUGAUAAUGACAUUACUAGUAAUAAAAACAUUGUUGAUGAUGUAAAUAGAGAAAAUACUACAAUUAAAGAGGAAAUUAGUGGUACAGACAAAACUGAAGACAAAGAUUUUAUUAAAGUAUUACAAACUGAGGUGAUUGAUGUAAAUAUAAAAAGGAAAAAAUCUCAUCUUAAAAUACCCGAACCACAAAGAUAUAAAACUGUAUGUAUAUCAAAUUAUAAUAUUAAUGAGAGUAGAAUGAGAUUUUAUAAUAGAAUUCCUAUUAAUCAUGAUGAAGUUCAGUUUUGCCUAGAUAAGGAAAAGAAUAGUAAAGGUAUUAAAGGCAAAAGGAAGUUUAAUUGUGAAACAUGUGUUGGUUUUGAGGUGGAAAAACAACUUUUACAGCAUAAUGAAGAGUUUCAUUCAACCAAUCGGAUAUUGAAUAAUCAUAUACGCACGUACACAGGGGAGCGCCCAUUUCUGUGCACGCAGUGCCCAGCAGCAUUCGGACAGAAAACGGCACUGGUGGCACACACGCGGGCCAUACACAAGGAAGGACGCUGGAAUUGA